UCGCUCGAGCGCUACGCAAUGAUCACACGAGACAAGGAAGCCGUACGAGACGGCAGCGGAUCAGCGGAAGCACGAUCAAUCUCCGAAAGUCCCGUGUGCGAUCGCUUCGCUUCAGACGCUCGGGCUUUCCGGUUGGACCAGUCUCGCGCCAGACAAGCUUUCGGUGGAUAAUAAUGUGUCAGUGUUUACUGCGCGCGCGCGCGCGGCGGGCUGUCGAGCCGCUCCGGUGCCGCUGAUGUAUGGAGGGCGCGAGCGAGCACCGAGCCAAACCCGCUCCCCGAGACCCCGCUGUGUGAGACAUGGUGACAGAUGAACAUCGCGGGAAGGACCAUGGCUGAGCGAGCCAGCAAAUUCGUGCUGAUCGUCGUUGGCUCCGUGUUCUUCAUGCUCAUUCUGUACCAGUACGUAGCGCCCGGUGCGAUCAACUUCGGCUUCCCGGCGCAUGGCUACCUCACCGAGGAGGACAUGACCAUCUUCCCUACACCGGACCCGCACUAUGUGAAAAAGUACUACUUCCCGGUGAGGGACUUGGAGCGCAGUGUGGACUUCGAGAUCAAGGGCGAGGACGUGAUUGUGUUCCUGCACAUCCAAAAAACAGGCGGCACGACAUUCGGACGGCACCUGGUGCAAAAUGUGCGGCUGGAGCUGCCGUGCGACUGCAGGCCGGGCCAGAAAAAGUGCACUUGCUACCGACCGAACCGCAAAGAGACGUGGCUCUUCUCGCGCUUUUCUACCGGCUGGAGCUGCGGCUUGCACGCGGACUGGACCGAACUCACCAACUGUGUGCCCGGAGUCCUGAACAGGAAGGAGAGCAAGACAAAGAAACUGAGGAAGUUCUACUAUAUCACACUUCUUCGGGAUCCAGUAUCAAGAUAUCUGAGUGAGUGGCGCCAUGUUCAAAGAGGCGCCACAUGGAAGACUUCUUUGCACAUGUGUGAUGGUCGCACACCGACACCUGAGGAGCUUCCCACCUGUUAUGAUGGCGCAGACUGGUCAGGAUGCACCCUGCAACAGUUUACGGAGUGCCCAUACAACCUGGCCAACAACCGUCAGGUGCGCAUGUUGGCUGAUCUCAGCCUAGUGGGUUGCUACAACGCUUCCACGUUGCCCGAGAAGCAGCGUGCCCGUCUCCUACUUGAGUCAGCUAAGAAAAACCUGCGUGACAUGGCGUUCUUCGGGCUCACAGAGUUUCAGCGCAAAACACAGUACUUGUUUGAGCGCACCUUCCGUCUCCGCUUUAUCAGGCCUUUCGUACAGUACAACAGUACACGUGCUGCCGGUGUUGACCUGGAUGAAAGCAUCGUGAAACACAUUGAGGAGCUCAAUGACCUUGACAUGCAACUUUAUGACUACGCAAAGGACCUGUUUCUUCAGCGAUACCAGUACACGCAUAUGCUGGAGAGGCGUGAGCAAAGAAUGAUGCUCCGACAUAGAGGAUCUUUUCACAGCCUGGCAAGGGAGGAGGGCGCAGGGGGAGAGGGCACUGCUCGGCUACCCACUGAGGACUACAUGAACCAGAUUGUUAGUGGAUGGUAGCCCAGGAGAUCUCUCUUUAAAAAGAAAGAGAGACACAAAGAUGUAUAAUGGCUGGAGACCCCAUCUUUUCUCCAGCCUAUGGAGAAAUAAAGUGGUUAUCAUGAACACUUAUCCACAGGAAUCUUUAAAGAAUAAGAUGCAAAGAAAGACGGGCAAAGCCGUUGGGUGGGAGACGUGGCCUUUUCCAAGAAAAGAGAUCAUUAUGGGCAUUCUCUCUCUCUCUCUCUUUUGCGUAGAAAGAGAAAGGUACAUAAUGAGAGAAUUGAGAGAUGGGGGGUGAAGGAACUAUUUCUAUUUCAGCUUGUGUAGAAAGUUGGGGGAUCAUUAUGGACCUUUUCUCUUGUUUUUCCCAGAUUUCUCGAAAAAGUCAGAAACUUGCAGAGGCAGGGAAAUUGCAAAGAUCAUAGAUAGAGGAGUCAUCUCUUUCUUAGACCAUAGACAAAAAGCAAUCAUUACAAGCGUACUGUCUUUCCUCAACAAAUAAGGUGUAGUUUGGGCCAGACCUGGAAGAAGUAGUAGUCAUUGAGAUGACUAGGGGUUUAGAGUGCACUUUUCCAGAUGGGUUAUCACAUCUCCCUAUUCUCCUCCAUAAAGCCCAGACUCAAAUGAGAAACUGUAACUGCUUAAGGCAACUCCAUCAGUAAAUCGUUGUUUCGAUGAGCUGCAACACAAUUCUACAAAGCCUAGUUUUGUAUAAGAAGAGGGAAAAUGUGAAUAAAAUCACUUGUCUUAGGAAAAUCAUCCAAAUAUUGGGGAAAUUCAGAAUGUUUUAUAUUCUGUGUAUAAAUCUUAAGUUUUUCUCUCUUUUUUUUUGUAAACUGAUGUGAAAUGCAGAGACUGGAAAUUUCCACGAGAUUAUUACUAACAGACGCUGUGACCCAGUUUGUUUUAAAGAGAGAUAUAUGUUAAUAUAUAAUACAGACAUGGCCUUGUUUUUCCAGCAUAUGUUUCUACCAUUGUAUGUGCUGACUGUGUGACUGCUCAGCCUCUCUGGGUAUGGCAUUGUAUUCAUUGGUUAAACAAAGAUGUUAUUGCCAAGACAUUCACACCAUGAGGGAAAAAAAGGUUAUGUCAGGGUUCCACCUACAGUCUCAACUGCUUGGAAGAAUAGUACCAGGAGAUAAAACACAAGGUAACAAAAAACAAAUGAUACUUUAAUUUUAUUUAUUUAUUUUUCCUUUUUUUUUUUUUUUUUGGAAAAGCAUGAAGUUCUGCUUUAAACCUGCACAAGUGUGUGACUGAAAGUGUGUAUGAUCGACAUACAAUAUUGUCCAUGCAUGCAUGUAUGUGAGCGUGCUGAUGGCUUUGUUUCUUUCUGUUCAACGAAAGUGCAUUUAUAAUGAACGAUCCAAUCUCUCAGUCCCUGCACUUUGGCUUUUAUUAUAAAGACUUCACACUACAGUCCCUCUUACAUUCCAUACAUUCAAACUAAAUAACACUGAAGCAAUUACUGAGGCAGUCGGAUCCUAUGCAGAAACGUGAUGAAGCCAGAGGUGGCAUUUCAUAAUCAUCCCUAUCAAUCCUCCAUGAAAGCAUUCUUACCCUAAGUAAUAAGCGAGUGUGAAAAUAUGUAGCGCGUGUGUAUGUGUGUACAGUUCUAUAUUUGUGUGAAAGAGCAUUUUAAUAUGAGGCAUUUUAAAUGUCUCUUUGUUUUCCAUUCAUAUUCUAUAUUGUUGUACUGUAUUAGUACCUCUGUUAUGCUAAAUUGACCUUAAAGUUACCAAUAAAUAAUUUUUCUU